AUGAAGGCUAAUGAAGAUGAUGGUAAUCUGGUAUUUUCGUACACUCCCCUGUACACAACAGAGACUAUUGGGAUGGAUGUUUAUUACAGAGAUACAAUAACAACCAGCAUCAAAGGUUUGCAGUUGGAUCUGAUAAAGAUUCUAACUAUCUUCACCUUGAUUGAUUUCUCUUCCAACAAUUUUAGCGGAUCAAUACCUAAGGAAAUUGGAGAGCUGAAAGCGUUGUAUGCCCUCAACUUAUCUAGUAAUGCUUUCACAGGUGAAAUCCCAUCAUCCGUUGGGAACAUGAGAAGCAUGGAGUCCUUAGACCUCUCACAAAAUCGUCUGAGCGGUCACAUUCCCCAACAGUUUGCAAAUCUCAAUUUCCUGUCAUUUUUGAAUGUCUCAAAUAAUCAACUGGUCGGCAAAAUCCCAACCAGCACUCAGUUCUCGACAUUUCCAAAUACUUCCUUCGUAGGCAACCAAGGAUUGUGGUGGCCUCCUUUGACAUCAGAUACACCAGCCGUAUUGCCCCCACCUACGUUAAAUGGAAGCUCAAGUAAUCCGAAUUCUAGAGAUGAGAUUGAUUGGGAUAUCAUUAGUGUUGAAAUUGGAUUUACAUGUGGAUUUGGAAUUGCCAUCGGAUCGCUUUUGUUUUGCAAAAGAUGGAGGAAAUGUGUGAGCAGGUUAGUGCCAAGAUUUACUAUUUCUGAUCAGAGGCAAUGCCAGCUUCUACUGAAACUGCAACUUGCUCAAGUUCUCUCAAAGAACCACUUGAGCAGCCAAAUUCCCCCACAGUUUGCGAAUCUCACUUUCCUUGCAUUCUUGGAUCUCUCAAAUAAUGAACUGGUCGGGAAGAUCCCAACCAGCACUCAAAUUUCAAGAUUUCUAAAUACCUCAUUCGAAGGUAACAAAGGAUUAUGGGGGCCUCCUUUCACAAUGGAUGCAGUAUUGCCGCCACCAAUUUUAAAUGGAAGCUCAAGUAAUCCGAAUUCUGGAGAUGAGAUUGAUGGGGAUGUUAUCUGUGUUGAAAUUGGAUUUACAUGUGGGUUUGGAAUUGUCAUUGUGUCACUUUCGUUUUGCAAAAAAUGGAGGAAAUUGUAUCACAGAGCUAUGCGUAGUAUUCUUUUCAAGAUAUUCCCUCAGCUGGAGCAGAGAUUUGGUAAUCAUGGAAGACACAUCUAUGUAAACACAAGGCGUUGA